AUGGAGAGAAAAAUUAUCUUGCUUGAUGAAGGAUGGGGCCAUAUGCAGAUGGGGAUCACCAAGCUGAAGAGAAUUCUCGAAGGACUACCGGAGCCUCAGUUCAGCUCACAGGAAUACAUGGAUCUUUACACAGUGAUUUACAACAUGUGUGUUCAGAAGCCCCCUCACGACUACUCAGUACAGCUCUAUAAUAAUUACGGCGAGGUCUUCGUCGAGUACAUCGAGUCGACGGUGUUGCCUUCCCUGAGAGAGAAGCACGACGAGUUCAUGAUGCGUGAGCUCGUCCGAAGAUGGUCCAAUCACAAACUCAUGGUCCGGUGGCUCACGCGCUUCUUUCAGUAUCUCGACCGCUACUACGUCUGCCGAAACUCCAAGGAUCCGCUCAAGGAUGCUGGACUUAAGCGAUUUAAGGAUCACGUUUACAACGAGAUGAAUGCAAAGGCUAGGGACUCUCUGAUAGCUCUUAUUUUGAGGGAACGUGAAGGGGAGCAGAUUGACAGAGCGCUGAUGAAGAACGUGGUUGAUAUAUUCGUGGAGGUUGGAAUGGGAGAGAUGGUGAAUUACGAGGAGGAGUUCGAAAAACACAUGGUUGAUGAUACUGGGGACUACUACUCUCGAAAGGCCUCGAUUUGGAUUGUGGAGGAUUCUUGUCCCGAGUACAUGAUGAAGGCGGAGGAGGCCUUGAGGAAGGAGAAGGAGAGAGUUUCCCAUUACCUACAUUCGGGCAGCGAGCAAAAGCUGUUGGAGAGGGUGCAGCAAGAGUUGUUGGUGGUUCAAGGUCCACAGCUGCUUGAUAAAGAGGAGUCUGGAUGCCGGACCUUGCUUCGAGACGAUAGGGUGGAUGACUUGUCUAGGAUGUUCAGGCUUUACAAUAAAAUACCCCAAGGGUUGGAUCCUGUUGCUGCUAUGUUUAAGAAGCAUGUUACUAAUGAAGGCACAGCCUUGGUCCAACAGGCCGAAGAGGCAACAGCAGCUGCAAGUGGCAACAAGCAAGGUGGUGGUGCUGGUGAGCCGGGACUAGUAUUUAUCAGCAAAAUACUUGAGCUACAUGAUAAGUACAUGGGAUAUGUCCUUAGCUGCUUCCAAAACCACUCGCUCUUCCACAAGGCCUUGAAAGAGGCAUUUGAGGUAUUCUGUAAUAAAUCUGUUGCUGGGUACUCGAGUGCGGAAUUGCUUGCUACAUUCUGUGAUAGUAUCCUCAAGCAGAUGGGUGAGAGUGACGAGGCCAUAGAAGAAACUCUUGACAAGAUUGUUACGGUGCUUGCAUAUUUCAGUGACAAGGAUCUUUUCGCCGAAUUCUGCAGGAAGAAACUUGCCCGUAGGCUGCUCAUGAUCAAUCAUGAUGAUAAGAAGAAGAACCGUGCUGACCAGCUUGACAAUGAGAGAAUGCUUCUAACAAAGCUGAAACAGCAAUGUGGAGGACAGUUCACCUCUAAGAUGGAGGGAAUGGUCACAGAUAUUACUAUUUCUCAGGAAAGCGAGAAGAGUUUCAAAGACUAUCUUCGAAAAGAUGGUACUCCAAAGCUUGAGUUGGAUUUCUCAGUCACUGUUCUAACAACUGGUAACUGGCCAAGCUAUAAAACAUCUGAUCUUCACCUUCCUGAAGAGAUGGUCAAGUGCAUUGAAGUGUAUAAAGAAUAUUAUGACAGAGAAAAGAAACACAGGAAGCUUUCAUGGAUUUAUUCAUUGGGUACUUGCCAUGUUAGGGGCAACUUUGAGCUAAAACCCAUUCAAAUGUAUAUGUCAACCUAUCAGGCUGCUCUCCUGCUGCUCUUCAACACCUCGGAGAAAUUGAGCUUUUCAGAGAUAUUGACUCAAUUAAAUCUUCCCAAAGAUGAUGUCCACAGAACGCUUCAUUCAUUUUCUUGUGCCAAGUACAAGAUCCUUCUCAAAGAGCCUAACACAAAGACAAUCUCCCCCAGUGACACCUUUAUGUUCAACUCUAAGUUCACCGACACAAUGAGGAAAAUCAGGAUCCCUCUGCCACCGCUGCAGGAUGAAAGGAAGAAGGUCACGGAAGAUGUCGACAAAGAGCGCAAGUAUACAAUUGACGCUGCACUGGUGAGGAUUAUGAAGAGUCGAAAAAUAUUGGGUCAUCAACAACUGGUCACUGAGUGUCUUGAACAGUUGCAGCGCACGUUCAAGCCGGACAUCAAAACAAUCAAGAGGCGCAUUGAAGAUCUCAUCACCCGUGACUACCUUGAGAGGGACCCUGAGAAUCCUAACACAUUCAAGUAUGUCGCAUGA